CAAAGUAUUAAACUAUGAAUGUACAGAAGGCUACAAACGUUACACCCGAACAGCAUCACGUUACAAGAGAAAAACGGAGUCAAAUCUUGGGAAAAACCGGGGAAAGAAAAUUUCGAGGCUGCACGAUUUGGUUCACUGGACUUUCCGGGGCGGGGAAAACCAGCAUCUCUUUUUCUUUGGAAGAACGACUGGUGACGAAUGGUGUACCGUCUUAUAGUUUAGACGGAGAUAACAUAAGAUACGGACUUAAUAAAAAUUUGGGAUUCUCGGAGGAGGAUAGGAAAGAAAACAUAAGAAGAGUAGCAGAGGUAGCGAAACUAUUCGCCGAUGCUGGUCACAUCUGCCUUUGUAGCUUUAUUUCUCCACAAAGCGCCGACAGAAAUAUUGCGAGGUCGAUCCACGAAUCAAGCGGAUUACCAUUUUUUGAAGUAUUCGUCGAUACGCCAUUGGAAAUAUGCGAAGAACGAGACGUCAAGGGGCUCUACAAAAAAGCGAGACAAGGACAAAUUAAAGGAUUCACCGGAAUAGAUCAAGCUUACGAAAAACCCGAACAUCCGGAGCUAGUAUUGAAAACGACAAAUUCCACUAUCGAAGGGUCGGUUGAUAUGGUGUGGGAGUUGUUACAAGAACAUGGAAUUUUACCGAAAUUAUUGAUAUCAUCUCAACCCAACGGUUUAUCAAAUGGAAACUACCGAAGUCGAGAUACCACAGUUCCAGAACUAUUUGUACCCGAACAUAAAUAUGACGAAAUUUUAAAGGAAGCUAUGAAUUUACCAAGGCUUGAUAUAGGAUUGGUGGAUUUGCAAUGGUUGCAAGUACUCAGCGAAGGCUGGGCGUAUCCAUUGAAGGGAUUUAUGAGAGAGGAUGAAUUUCUGCAAGCAUUACAUUUCAAUACGAUUGAGAAAAACGGCGAGAAAAUUAGUCAGAGCAUCCCUAUAGUAUUGGCCAUAACGACAACCGACAAAGAAAAUUUUGGAAAAUGUAAGGGAAUCGCACUUUUCUACAAUAAUGACAUAUAUGCAAUUUUGAGAAAUCCUGAAAUCUACUAUCACAGAAAAGAAGAAAGAAUAGCACGACAAUUUGGAACUGUUGAAAAAGGCCAUCCCUAUAUAAAGAUGAUAUACGAUUCCGGUGACUGGCUAGUUGGUGGAGAUUUGGAAGUGUUGCGUCCUGUCAAAUGGAACGAUGGUUUGGACAAGUACCGUUUAACGCCCAAUCAACUUCGAAGAAAGUUCAAGCAAAUGGAAGCCGAUACGGUGUUCGCAUUCCAACUUCGCAAUCCGGUUCAUAAUGGACAUGCUUUAUUGAUGACGGAUACUCAUCGACAAUUGCGAGAAAGAGGUUACAAGAAACCCGUUUUGCUAUUGAAUCCUUUGGGAGGAUGGACUAAAGACGACGAUGUACCUUUAGAUAUUCGAAUGCAGCAACAUCAGGCCGUUUUAGAACAGAAUAUAUUAAAUAAAGAUUCGACGGUUUUGGCGAUUUUUCCGAGUCCCAUGAUGUAUGCAGGACCUACCGAGGUUCAAUGGCACGCAAAAGCGCGAAUGAUAGCAGGUGCUAACCACUACAUAGUCGGUCGUGAUCCAGCAGGAGUACCGCAUCCGCGUGGAAAAGAAGCGUAUCCGGAUGGAAAUUUGUACGAUGCUACGCAUGGGGCUAGAGUCUUGAAAAAAGCUCCAGGACUAUCGAAUCUUGAAAUUAUACCAUUCAGAGUGGCGGCAUAUGAUAUGACUAAAAGAAAAAUGGAUUUCUUUCAGCCGGAAAGGAAAGAAGAAUUCGAUUUUAUUUCGGGAACUAAGAUGAGAAAAUUUGCUCGUACAGGAGAAAAUCCACCAGAAGGAUUCAUGGCACCAAAAGCUUGGGAAGUGAUAGCCAAUUACUACCAAUCAUUAGAAAUUAAAUAAAUAAAUAAGUAGAUAUUUAAAGAAAUUGUUUUAAUUAUGUUGUAAUUUGUAUAAAUAUGCACAGUAUGUACUAGAAAAUCUGAUAUCUCGAUUGUAUAUAAUCAUUUCUUAUGAGAAAAAAAAUGCUUAAUAAAAAUGGUGAAAACUAAUAAAA